AUGGACUGGUUGUUAGCAAAUAAUGUGACAUUAGAUUGUGCAAGAAAGAUAAUAUCCUUGCCAGUGUAUACUGCACCUAUAAUGAAACCUAGUCAGUCAAGAAUCUUGUCUGUAAUGCAAGCAGAAAAGUGCAUUCAACAGGGUUGUCAGGCAUAUAUGGUGUUCUUUUCCGUUCAUGCCGCUUAUGACCAAGGAAUUGAGAGAAUUGGAAUGGUAAAUGAAUUUCCUAAAGUAUUUUCAGAAGAAGUGUCUGGAUUACCGCCUAAGCAAGAGGUGGAAUUUUCUAUUGACCUUGUACUUGGAACAAAACCCAUAUCGAGAGCUCCUUAUCGGAUGUCUCCAUCAAAGUUGAAAAAGGGUGGUAGUAUGAGGCUUUGCAUUGACUACAGACAGUUGAACAAAGUGACAGUCAAGAACAAGUAUCCUUUGCCUAGGAUUGAUGAUUUGCUAGAUCAAAUGGUUGGAGCUGCGGUGUUCUUAAAGAUUGACCUGUGA